UUGUUUCAGAAAAAAGAGGGUGGCAGGAGAGUACUGCUAUACCUCAGCGUAAUGUUUGACAACACAGAGAAACGACAGCCAUUAUGCACAAAACAUAGCAAAGAGUAGCAAAACUACUUCAAAAAUCGGCUCACAUAGUUAUGGGCCACCCAAUCACGGUACUGACGUCACACUGAGUUAUGGCCUACAUCAAUUCAAACAUGUUCACAUUAACAACAAACAGGCGCAUCAGGAUCGACAAUGUAUUAGGGGCACCAAAUGUAACAUACACACAUGAAGGGAUCAAUAUGGCAGAGGGAAUGACAGGGGGAGAAGGUGACAGUCAUGUAUGUGAACACAGGGUGCAAAAAGAGGUCAAGGUGCGACCGGAUCUAGGUGCAACACUAUUGGCAGAAGCAGAAGAGGUACUGUUCACGGAUGGUGGGUGUUGUUACAGACAUCCGGAGGAAGGGUUAAAAGCUGCAUGGGCAGUAGUGAGACAGACAAGAGAAGGUUUUGAAGAAGUCGAAUCGGGACGAGUGGUAGGAAAGGAGUCAGCACAGCUGGCUGAACUAACAGCCAUGAUUAAAGCUCUCGAAGGAGCUGAGGGCAAAACUGUAAAUAUUUUCUCUGACUCAGCAUAUGUAGUGGGCGCACUCCAUGUGGAACUGAGUCAGUGGCUGCGGGCAGGGUUGACAACCACGGGUAUACCAAUUAAACAUGAAAAACAAAUGAGACAAUUGUCUAAAGCUGUCCUAAAACCAGUUCAAGUUGCAGUAAUGAAAUGUAAAGGACACGACGGGUCUCAAACAAAGGUGGCCCUGGGGAAUGAAGCAGCAGACGCAGCGGCCAAGAGAGCUGCUGGUUAUCUCCCAAUGUAUAUAAUGGUUUCACAGGAGAUGAAACCGGAUUUGAUGACACAGGUAAUCGAGGCUCAAGAGGCAGCCUCUCCACAGGAAAAAGAGGUGUGGAGACAAAGAGGAGCACAAAAAGCCCCCUGUCUGGUGACAGGGGCGGUGGAAGGUCAGACCCUUCUAUGGAGGGGCCCGGACGGGCGCCCAGCUCUGCCGGCAGGUAUGCGACAGGGUGUAUUUAAACAGAGUCAUGGGUUAGAACACGCAGGAUAUAAAGAGAUGAUGGUGCGUCUUACACAUUGGUGGCACCCUCAUCUACCAGCCAUGGUGGCUAACUAUGUGGCUGAAUGUCGAGUGUGUCAGGAGUAUAAUGUCAGACCAACUCUGAAACCACAUCAAGGAAUGUUUCCACUACCAAAAACCCCAGGUCAGGAAAUAGUUAUUGAUUACACCGACAUGAUAAACACUGUACGUGGUCAUCGCUACCUUCUCGUAGCAGUGGAUGGGUACACAGGAUGGCCUGAGGCUGUCCCCACAAAACAUGAGGACGCAAAAUCCGUUUGUAAAUUUUUGACUAACACUUAUAUUCCGUUCCAUGGGUUUCCUAAACGAAUCAGAUCAGACAAUGGGUCACACUUCAAAAACAAACAUCUUCAAUUGGUAGAACGAAGUCUGGGGUUGGUGCACGCGUUUGGGACAGUGUAUCACCCCCAGUCACAGGGAAAGGUUGAACGCAUGAAUCGAAAUCUGAAAUGCAAGUUGGCCAAAAUCUGUGCAACAACUAACAUGAAUUGGGUAGAUGCUCUCCCUAUUGCCCUAACAACCAUCAGGAGUUCAGUGAACACCUCUACAGGAUUCACCCCAUAUGAACUUCUGACGGGGCGUCAGUUUCCGGGACCGGGAGCUGGGCUGGACCUACUGGAGGCGAAGGGUGAGUUGGCGCAUCAACCAUACUAUGAUCAGCUGUCUGCUCUGGUAUCAUCCUUCUCUAAACAGGUACAGGAGAAACAGGGGACAGCACAGGAUCCAGUCAAGGCCUUCACCGCUGACUGGGUGUGGGUGAAAGCCAUUAAGAGGAAGUGGACAGAACCUCGGUGGACAGGACCAUUCAAGGUCAUCGAGAGAGCCUCACACGCCCUAAGGGUGCUGGGGAAAGGGAGUACAUGGUACCACUGGAGCAUGUGUUCUGCUGCUCCAGAACCCAGUCGUACUUUGCAGGAGUUGUUGAAGGGCCAGGAGGGCCAGUGAACCUUUUGCUAUUGCUACGAUUGUGAGAGUCCGUAAAAG